ACUAAGAUGGGGUCUAUAAUUGGCCAUAGAAUAUGACUACAAUGGGGUAGGGGUUCUGAGAGGCCAGUGGCACAUACCCAACAAAGAUUGACCCAAGUACCCCCCCACCCCCACCCCCCGGGCUCUAUAUCGUCACGAAGCGAUUCCUUCCGAGGUUUUGCGUGACUUUUGGCUUUGGCGUAAGGGUUGCAAAGGAAGGACAUUUGAAAUACCUCAGCCUUUACAAACGUCAAAAUACACCCCCGAUGUGGGUUUCCAUAGGGUUAAGCUUACAGAAGAUUUCCCAAAUGUUCCCCGAGGGAAACUGGGAACGUAAGGUUGCGGUCAAUAGAGACUAGGCGCGCAAUGGGUUAUGGGCCAGUAAGAAAUAUGGCGGACGGAGGAGCAGCGACUCCCCAACAAAGUCAACAAAGUUCAGAGGAACCGUUAGGGAUGAGGGCUGUGUUGAUUGGAGCUACUGGUGCUAUCGGCGAGUGUUUGCUCGGUGAACUUUUGUGCUCUAAGAAUGUGUCAAAAGUUGUUUCUUUGGGACGGAGAAAUGCCACGGUUCCUGAAGGGUACUCUAUUGACCAAAAAGCUGAAGAAGAGUCAGGGAGGCUUGAACAACUUGUUGUGGACUUUGAGGCAAUAAGCAGUGAAACAGUUGGGCCACAAUUUGAGGACAAAGAUGUUUUCUUUUGUACUUUGGGUACCACUCGACGUGCCGCUGGGUCAGCUGCUGCUUUCAGACAUGUGGAUUAUGACUAUGUUGUUAAUUGUGCAAAAAUUGCCAAAGAAGCCAGUGUUCCUCACAUGACAUAUAUAUCUUCUCAAGGAGCAAAAUCAUCCAGUCUUUUCCUUUAUCUCAAAACUAAAGGCGAGGUAGAGGAUGCCUUGAAAGAAAUGCAUUUUCCAAAAACAAGCAUAUUCAGACCUGGUGUUCUUGAUAGAGGUACCAAAAAAAGAUUUGGAGAGAAGUUGGCUGGUUGGGUGAUGAGCACCAUUUCUGUGGCAAAAGUUGCAAAAGCAAUGUUGGCUGAUGCCGAGAACUAUGUAAGGAGCAGUAAGAAUGAGGGAACUCAACAAGAGACAACUUCAGCUGUCACUUACGGAAAUGCUGAGAUCUUAGCUUUGCUGUCUACAAGUUAAUACUUGACUUUGAACUUAUUCUCGCACUGUUGGGGAUUCAUUCCAUAAAUUGUAUUUAGUUAUGUAACAGCUGUUAUACCGUGGGGGUGGGCAAGGGACCCUGGCAUUGGGUGGGGUUCAAUUUUUGCUGUAUACAUGUAUGUGCCACUGGCCUGGAAAUUCCAAGUUAGUCACUUUCUGUUCAUUCAUCUACCUUACAAGGCCUAAAAUGAAAUGACACAUUUGUCAACCUGAAUGUAGAGCACUUGCAAACAAAAUUUUCACCCCAUAUUGAUUUAUCUUCCAAUUUUCAAAUAGCUACUUGCCAGAUGUUUCUUACCCCCAAAAUCCUGAACAUGGGCCAUCCAAUUCUUACUAGUAACUCGUUUGAAAAUCUAACCCAAUUAUAGCCAAUCCAGUCGAGAAAAUGCAACCCCAUCCAGCUGCACAUCCCUAUUAGCGUAUUACUAGGAAGUACUGUACCCCCUGCUAAGUAGGGACAGUUGUGGAAAUAUUUUCCUUUUGAGCAUUCUAUUUAAUCCUGGUGUAAUUUUGGCUACAAAGGAAGUUUUUUUCUGGUCAGACAAUUUCAUGUUAGAUCAUAAUUAGUUCACUGUUCAUGACCGUCUUAUUGUUCAGGAAUGAAACGGACUCCCACAGUCUGUCAACACUUGGCAUCUUGAGACGUACCAUAAUAUAUAGUUUUAAUUUCCAGGUAAAUAGAUUGUUUGAGCUAAUCAAAAUUUUUCAGAUCAGACUAAACUUUUGGUGGUCAAAAUGCUAAUUAAAUUAUUAUUGCAGAGCUCUCAAGUCUAAGGCAUUGAGCAUGAGACUCAAAUGAAUUCUUUUGUAUGCUCUUAUGCUGAAACUGUUAUUUCUCAUGCAAUUAAAGUUCCUUGCUGCUUUAGUCAAGUACCCAGUACAUAAUUAACUAUCUUUUUGGAUAUACUUGUAAUUUACCCUCUUUUUACUUUGUACUCGCUUCAAACACUUUCCAACAGUAGCAAUUCUUGUGCAGAGCCAGUGUUUCUCCAGUCAGUGGGAUUAAUGACUGUUGCACAUGCUCUCAUGGAUGGGAUAGUCUGUUUUUCAGUGUUGUAACAUGUUAAUUUGAGUUCUGGAUAAGUCAGAAUGUUAAGAAAGAGUUGAUAUUGGUCCAAGAAAAAUCUGGGACCGAAAGAGCUACUAUGCAUCACAUUUCUGCUCAGAAUGAAGGAAAACACGUCUUAGCUACUUCCAUUUCAUGUCAGGUUGACCAUAAUUAGUAUAUACAAUGUACACUAGUUUUACAUCUACUGUUCUGAUGUCUAGGCAUGAAAUGGACUCUUUAUAUUCUCAAUGCUUGACCUCAUAAGACAUACCAUAAGAUACGUAUAUAUAUAUUUUUAAUUUCCUACAAAAUUGAAUGUUUCAGAUUGCUUGAGGUAAAUCUGUCAGGCCAAACUAAAAUUUCACUGGUCAAUGCUAAUUAUAUUAUUAUCAUCUGAUGACUGGCUUCUAUUUACAGGCUUGGGAAUUAUAUUGUUGAAAAUAUAAGGUACAUAAUGAGAUUCACUGUGCAUAACACAUUAUAUUCUAGCAAAAAUGAAAACAAUGUGAAGUGGUUAGUU